ACCGAGAAAUGUUCCCUUUAUGAAGAUGCGAUCGUUGACGCUGAGCUUACAAACCGCAAGGUAACUAAUACCGAAAAAGCAGGAGAGGUAAAUAGUUUGAAUUAUUUUGAUACAAUUUCUACACCAGAUCACAAGAAGGCAAAAACGUUAGGUGUCUCAUUUGACGAGUAUGUUGACUCAAACAUACAAGACGAAAGUGAGAACGAUAAAGAAAUAAAUUUUGAUCUUCUUGAUAUCUCAAAAAAAUUACAGCGCGAACAAGUAGUUAAAUGGGAAGUCGAUGAUAUUAACGUAACAAAUAGGUUUCAGAAUUAUCAAAAAGAGAUUUUCAAGAAGGCGGAACGAGAAGGUUUAGACUACGAAAACCUCU